AUGAUUUGGGCUGCCAUCCUUCAGCACUACAUCUACAAAACCAACCCCUGCGGGUAUCUCGCCUCCUCAUGCCCCGCUGACCAGGUCUCUCCCCUGAAUGUUUGGAUACAAACGGGCACGUACGUCCUCAUCGCUCUAUCCGAGAUCUUGGCUUCUAUCACUGGGCUUGAGUACGCUUUUACUAAAGCACCGAAGAACAUGAGGUCUCUUGUUAUGAGCGUCUUCCUGUUUAUGACCGCGCUGUCAAGUGCUAUUGGAGAAGCCUUCGUUUCCCUUUCCUCCGACCCUCUGCUAGUAUGGAACUACGGCGUUAUGGGUGUCCUCGCUGGUGUUUCAGGGAUCGCUUUCUGGUGGUCAGUGCGCGACCUUGACCGCAAAGAAGAUGAGUUGAACAGCCUCGAUGAGGGGCAUCUCCACACCACUGACGGCAAACAUAUGGACGAGCGCGAGAAGGGUAUUUUGUAA